AUGAAUAUCUUCAUUAACUCUGCUGACAAUGUCGCAGCUCCUCGUCCGUGGUCGUCACAGGUGCCCGACGACAACUUGAGCGACUUUGGCCGUGAUUCCGACUCGACUAUGCGCGAUCGCAUGGACACAUCUCACACAUCUCCCGCAGCAAUACCUUCACCGCACUCCUUGUCGCCGCAGCCGACGCUCACUCGUCGCCCCAUUCCGCCGCCCUCAACUCUAACGUCUUCUCCCGAGCUAUACGGCCCUGACCGCAGCCAGAUUUUCACACGCCUCCUCUCGCGUCGCGCGACGACUCAGCCGGCGAGGAGUCUACCGCAAGUACGAUUCGACGAAGUACAGCUGCCCAUGUUUGCCGGAAUUGGAGGGCCGCCGCCCAUGGCUGGGCUCAAGGACGAGCUUGCUCUCGCCGCUGGAAAAGUGACGCCUGGAGUAGACGACACGCCGUAUAUCCAGUACGCCUUGUCGGCAUUGACCCGGGAUCGCAGCAGUGACUUCCAGGCGCAACCUCACUCCUCACCACAAACUGCUUCGGCCUACUUCAACCAUCUACGCCGCACCAACACCGUUGCCGAAGCCCCAUCCCGUCACCUGCCAGUCGUUGCCCAAGAACCAGCUUACACGCAGGUUGAUGCUCCCCUGCGACAAAUCACCCCACCCCCAGAGGCUUUCCCAACAGCACCUCCUCCAGUUCUCGAGGCACACGACUCCCCUGUUGCCUCUAUUCCCAUCGGAGACGCGUGGGGAGUCAAGGACCCUUUGAGUACACACUGGGUUGCCGUCACCGAGGACAUGCGACAAAGUCUCGAUCCGCAUGGGCGCACCUAUCCACCCCUCACCUACAAGCCGUCAAUUUUGCGGCCGUUUUCAAUGAUGAUUUUAAUGACCUUAUGCUUAUGCAUGAUGGCAGCGAUGAUAUUUUGUGUACAAUACUCUUCUCGUCACCACGGGUUAACGCCGUACCCAGGAAGCAUAUACACGGCGCAGUUUUUUGUUUUCCGCAUCCUACCCCAGCUUCUCGGAGCUAUCAUUCUCAUCUACGCGCAGAGCAUUGUCAAUACGUCCCUGCGGGUUCUGCCCUUUGUGGCCCUCGCCGACGAGGAUCCCCAGCAGCGAUACCUGGCGCUGUUCGCGGAUCUUUACCCCAAGUCGCUACUGUACCCCCAAGUUGUUGGCCCUUGGCAAGUCAUGUUGUUCGACAUUGCAACAUGGCUCGCCCUGUUUACAGUACCGCUGCUUAGCGCAUCCUUUACUUGCAUUUACCAGAGCGAUGGCUGGGUUUGGGCCCCAGUUCCUGUUGUCGUCUGGAUUCUCGUGGCAUUUUACGGCCUACUAGUUUCGUCAACGAUACUCGUCAUGGUAUUCUGGUUUGGCAAGUGGACAGGAUUCGCAUGGGACGUUCGGUCCAUUGCAGAUCUCUUGCCACUUCUGAACCGCAGCAAUGCGAUUUCCAGCUUUGAUCCGCAGAGCUUGUCCGGUGCGCGAGACGACUUCCAGACGGACCUUCGGGAUCGAUGGUUUGACAGAUUGGGAUACUGGAGAUCCAGCGACAUGAUUACGGGGGGUAUUUGGUACUCCAUUGGUGCUGUGGGUGCAAGAGGCAACGAUGUCAAGCAAAUCGCAGGCAUGCGUCGGAACAGCGGCCCCAAGGUAUCCAUGGACUCAGACUCGACCGCUGCGCCAGGAAACUGGCGUCGCGCCUACGAACGCUACCUCCCUUUCUGCAUCCAGUCGUUACCACUCAUCCUAUAUACGGUUCUGUGCACGCUUCUCGUGAUUGCGCUACUCAUUGCGUCAUUUCUGCCCCAAACCCGCCUCGAUGACGGUUUCCAUCCUCUCUUGGCGGCGCGCCCAGGCAACGGCGCCUUUUCUGCCGCCAACUUUUUAUACUCCUUUCUCCCUUCGGCCAUUGGCAUGCUUUUCUGGAUGCUCUUCCAGCCCAUUGACAUGGCCUUUCGGCGGCUCCAGCCGUGGGCCGACAUGGGCCGGCUCGACGGCGCACCGGCCUCCCGGUCCCUGCUGGCCGACUACGCCGCCUGCCUCCCGCUGCAGGCGACGUGGCGGGCGGCCCGCAACGGGCACUGGCGUGUCGCGCUGCUAUCCAUCAUGGCGCCGGCCUUUGUCGCUAUUCCCGUGCUGGCUGGCGGCGUCUUCAUGGCGUUCGCGCGCAACGACGGCCAGGUCCGCAUGUAUCCCAGCAUGCCCGUAUUUGGCGUGCUCGUCGCAUUCCUCCUCCUCUACGUGGGCUGCCUGGCGCUGGCCGUGCCCCGCCGUGCCCAGUUUGAGCUGCCCCGCCCGGUGACGUCGAUUGCGGCCCUCAUGAGCCUGUGCUCGGCCCGCGAGCUCACCCAGGACAGCGCGUUCCGCUCCGUCCGGUCGCGCCAGGACCUCGAGGGCCGCCUCGGCGUCGGCCGUGAUCUGCGCGGGGAGACGGUGUGGUUCUAUGGCGUGGUGCCCGGUCGCGACGAGCAUCGCGUGAGUGUCCGGCGCAUGCAGCGCUACACGGAGAAGCCCAGGGUGCGCACUGUGGAAGCCAUGGUGUGA